GUGGUUUUGAAAGGCGACGCCCCCAGGCUGAUCGUGCACGGGCCGGGAUUUCCCAAGCUGUGCCAUUUCUGGCAGGUUCCCCACGUUCACAGCCGCCCUCAAGCUCUGUCUCACCUCCCACAGCAGGCCUGCGCCGUCUGCCUGGAGGAUUUUCGGCUGCAGGAGGAGCUGGGGGUGCUGCCGUGCCAGCACGCCUUCCACAGAAAGUGCCUGCUGAAGUGGCUGGAGGUGCGCUGCGUGUGCCCCAUGUGCAACAAACCCGCGGCGGAGCCCCGGGCCGGCAUCGGGACCCUCCUGGAUGAGCUGGUGUGAUCCAGCGGGAUCCAGCGGGAUCCAUUGUGAUCCACCACGAUCCAGUGGGAUCCAUGGCAAUCCAGCGGGAUCCAGUGGGAUCCACGACAAUCCAGCGGGAUCCAUCACGAUCCAGUGGGAUCCAUCGUGGUCCUGCAGGCUUCACCACAAUCCACCAUGAUCCAGUGGGAUCCACUGCAAUCCAUCGAGAUCCACCACGAUUCAGUGGGAUCCACUGCAAUCCAUUGAGAUCCAGCAGGAUCCAGUGGGAUCCACUGCAAUCCAUCGAGAUCCACCAUGAUCCAGUGGGAUCCACUGCAAUCCAUUGGGAUCCACCAUGAUCCAGUGGGAUCCACUGCAAUCCAGCGAGAUCCAACGGGAUCUACGGCGAUCCAGUGGCAUCCAUAGCGAUCCAGCGGGAUCCAGUGGGACCCAUGGCAAUCCAGCAGCAUCCAUUGUGAUCCAGCAGAAUUCAUCGUGAUCCAGCAGGAUCCAUUGUGAUCCAGCAGGAUUCAUCGUGAUCCAGCAGGAUCCCACGGGAUCCCCCGGCCCCACUUUGCUCCAGGCUCUCUCUGGAGCUGAGCCCCUCAGGAUCCCCUCAGGGCAGAGGGAUUGCACGGCUUUGUGUGAAAAAAGGAUUAAAUGGAUGAUUUUUAGCCAGUCUGAGCUGUGGCUG